GUGGUAAUCUGUGCCCGUUGACAGUCUGUGCCUGCCACCGACUUUGACAGAUGAUGCUUCAUCACCAAUUUCGAAAUUUUUUGAAAAUUUAAAAUUGAGCUCAUGUCUCAGCUCAUGAGCUGAUAAAUAUUUUGUAAAGUUAGUUUUAAGAAAUAUUUACUAUGUCCAAGAGAAGCCAACCGAUUUGGUCUCCGCCUUCUUCGGGAGCUAAGCAGCCUGUUCUUAAAGUGUACAACAGUCUGACGCGGCAAAAAGAGGAGUUUAUAUGUUCAAGCGGCAACCGUAUCAACUGGUACAGUUGUGGCCCUACUGUGUAUGAUGCCUCACACAUGGGCCAUGCGAGGUCUUACAUUUCAUUUGAUAUUUUGAGACGAGUCAUGUCAAAUUAUUUUGGCUACGAUAUACUGUAUGUAAUGAAUAUAACAGAUAUUGACGAUAAAAUCAUUAAGAGAGCUCGACAAAACUAUUUAUAUGAGAAAUACAUAAAAGAGCACAAAGGUCUAACCAAUACAAUUGAUGAUGCAACAGCUGUUGUGGAUUUCUAUGAGGGUGUGGUCAAGGAUGCCACAGAUCCAGAUAAAAAGAUUACUUUACAAAAAAUGCUGGACAGUGUGGCAUCAGCAGUAAAAGUUCUCAAAGCAGCUAUAGAAGAAAAUGAUAGUGAAAAAAUUAAAAUAGCCAAGAAUGUAAUGUUAAAAUCUGCGAAAGAUCCUAUAUCUGAAUGGUUAGACAAAAAGUAUGGAGACACAAUCACAGACAAUGAAAUUUUCACUGCCUUACCUAGAUACUGGGAAAAUGAGUUUCAUAAAGAUAUGAAAGCACUUAAUGUUUUACCACCAGAUGUGCUAACAAGAGUUAGCGAAUAUAUUCCCCAAAUCAUAACGUUUAUACAGAAAAUAAUAGACAAUGGCUUAGCAUAUGAAUCAAAUAGCUCCGUAUAUUUUAAUGUCAGCGAGUUUGAUAGCAAGGACAACCAUCAUUACGCUAGACUUGUACCUGAAGCAUAUGGAGACACUAAAUCAUUGCAAGAAGGAGAAGGUGAUCUCAGUGAUGAUACAGCAGAAAAGCGUUCACCAAAUGACUUUGCCCUCUGGAAGCGUAGUAAAGCCGGCGAGCCUUCAUGGGAGUCGCCGUGGGGCGCCGGCCGUCCCGGCUGGCACAUAGAAUGCUCCGCCAUGGCCUCUGAUGUCUGCGGGUCAAACCUAGAUAUUCACACUGGAGGUGUGGAUCUCAAAUUCCCUCAUCAUGAUAAUGAAUUGGCUCAAAGUGAGGCACAUUUCGACAAGCCAGGCUGGGUGAACUAUUUCCUGCACACAGGCCACCUCACCAUCGCGGGCUGCAAGAUGUCUAAGUCUCUAAAGAACUUCGUCACCAUCUCCGACGCGUUGAAGCGCCACACCGCGAGGCAGCUGCGCAUCGCCUUCCUGCUGCACGGCUGGAAGGAUACUCUGGACUAUUCCGAUAACACGAUGGAUAUGGCCAUACAGACGGAAAAAAUGUUUAAUGAGUUCUUCUUGACAGUGAAAGACGCGAUCCGCAGCGGCUACGACGCCGGCUGCGGCGGCGCGUGGGGCUCGCCGGAGCGGCAGCUGGCGGCCAGGCUCAGCGCGACGAAGGAACAGGUUCACGCUGCCUUGUGUGAUAAUAUCGACACCCGCAGCGCGAUAGACGCGCUACGCGAGCUGGUGGGCGCUGGGCACGUGUAUCUGCGGCAGACCGCGCCGCGCAGCGCUCCGCUGCUGGUGUCGGCGGCGCGCUACGUCACCGACGUGCUGCACAUGUUCGGUGCCGUGGAAGGCCCGCGCGGCCUCAUCGGCUUCCCUGUCAGCGACGCCGAUGACGUCUCGUUAGAAGAGAAAGUGAUGCCAUACCUGGAAGCGCUCAGCACGUUCCGCGGACAAGUUCGCGAUGCAGCGCGCGCGGCCGCGGCCACAGAUGUUCUGGCGCUGUGCGACGUGCUCAGAGACAAGGUGCUGCCUGAACUGGGCGUGAGACUCGAGGAUAAACCUGAUCGGACGGUGGUAAAGCUCGUCAGCAAAGAAGAGUUAAUGAAAGAGAGAGAAGAAAAGAAAAGACAAGAAGCGGAGAAAUUAAGAAAAAAACAAGAAUUAUUGGAAGCGCAGCGCGCCAAAGAGGAACAGAAGAAAAUCCCUCCCACGGAGAUGUUCAAGCGAGAAAGUGACAAAUACUCGAAGUUUGAUGAUAAAGGUCUACCCACACACGACCACGAAGGCAAAGAGCUCAGUAAGGGAUUGGUGAAAAAAUUGCAGAAGUUACAACAAGCACAAGAGAAGAAAUACAACGAAUACUUAGCUUCGACUAAUAAAUAGCAAUUCGUGAUAAAGUUGCAGCCAUGUUACUAUGAUCUCUCGCUGUCUAUUAUAUCUAAGAGUAAUAAAAUUUUUCAUUCCGAAAUCGUAAACUAUUUAAACCUACUUAUGUAUUUAUUAACUUGUUCACCUAACUAAAGGUAUCUCUAAUUUAUUUUCAUUUUUCGUUUUGUAAUUUUUUACACAGGUUCUAUUUACUAUAGUACGUAUGUUAAACUAAUGAGCAUUGUUCUUUAUAUUUAAUUUUUAGUUAAGAAUAAAAUUGACGAAACUUAA